AAAUGCAGGCAGGGCACAGGACAAAGCACUCGGGACAAAAUGUAUGUGAAAUGGUUUGAUACAGUAAUGUGAUCCUAACAGAUUACAAUGUAUUGUGUGUAUGUCAUAUUUUUACUUUUUUUGAAUCUCCCGCCGGUUCCACCCCCCUGCAUUGCGAUGCUCGUAGGGAAGAAAACCCGGAAGACGGAUGCCGGCAUCGGCUGGAGGACACAGCGGGAUGACAUCGGGGGAUCGCAGGACAAGGUAAGGAUCGGGGGAUCGCAGGACAAGGACUACAGUGUAAUCCCGAGU